GGGCCGCCCCAAAGCAGCGCCCUAGGGCCGGCUCCUCGUCGUCGUCGUCGUCCGGCGGCUGGCGCCCGGAGGACCAUAGAGUGUCCGCCGCCUCCUUCCCCUCUAGCCGCCUCGUCUCGGUGGUGGCGGGCGGCGCUUCCGGUUCUUCCUCCCCCGCCCUGCGCCGAGAUGGGGCGGCCGGGCCGGUCCUGCCCCGCGGCGGCCUCGUCGUCGUUGUCGUCGUCGCCGCCGCCGCUGCUGCUGCUCGUCGGGGGCCUCCUGGGCCUGGCCGGCGCCACCCAGCUGCCCGUCGUCACCUGCGGCUCCGUCGUCAAGCUGCUCAACCCGCGCCACAACGUCCGGCUGCACUCCCACGACGUGCGCUACGGCUCUGGCAGUGGCCAGCAGUCGGUGACGGGGGUCUCAGCCGUGGACGACAGCAACAGUUACUGGCGGGUUCGGGGAAAGACCUCCACCGUGUGCGAGAGGGGGACCCCCGUCAAAUGCGGCCAGGUCAUCCGGCUCACCCACGUUAACACCGGCCGCAACCUCCACAGCCACCACUUCACCUCCCCUCUGUCCGGUAACCAGGAGGUGAGCGCCUUUGGGGAAGAGGGUGAAGGGGACUACUUGGACGACUGGACGGUCUUAUGCAGCGGCUCCCACUGGGUGCGAGACGGCGAGGUGCGCUUCAAGCAUUCUUCCACCGAAGUCUUACUGUCCGUCACCGGAGAGCAGUACGGCCGACCCAUCAGUGGCCAGAAAGAGGUGCACGGCAUGACCCAGCCCAGCCAGAACAACUACUGGAAAGCCAUGGAGGGCAUCUUCAUGAAGCCCGGUGAGCUGCUGAGGACUGGAGUCCAUCACGCCGAACUGUGACGGCUCUUGAGCCGUCGGGCUCCCUUCCCUUCACCGCACAGUGUUUCGCUCCCUUCCCCCUGGUUUUUGGACUCUUCGCCUGCGGGCUCUCCCCACGGCAGCCCCCCACCUUCCGGCUCCCCAUUCUAGCCUCCCCACGAAGAGGGGAAGGUAGAGUCAGCCUCUGGGAUCCCACUACCGGGGCCUUAAUCGGUUGUAUUUAUUUGAACGCUUACUGUGUGCAGGGCACUGCACUAAGCAUUUGGGCGAGGCCUUGAGAACAUCUGCACCUACCUCAUUGGACUUUAUCUCGUAAAGGUCUUCGUUAGAGGAGGAAUGAACUCUCUCUUCAGCCCAAAGGGUGUCAUCUGGGGAAAAAGAAGGGAGGCACCUGAGGAACUGGAAGGGGGCCAUUCUAGUUGGGGUUUUCACUUCACUUGGGAGCUGCCCUUGGUGGUUCACUUGCGGGGGUCUUGCUCCAGAGCACUGAUUAUCUGCUCUCUGUGUCCUCCUGGGAGCAGUUUUUGGCUUACGGCAAUAAAAUAAUUUGAUUAUCCUCA